CACCCUGAAAAAACAGCACUGAACACCGCCCUCGUCAACGCAAACUGCGUCCUGAAUUAGACAAAAAGAAGUCCAUGACUGCUUAGGCACCUAGACUCUUGUCUUGCAUAACUCCUUCCUUGUCCCCAGGAUCUACUUCUGGGCCUGCUUAGAUCACUGCUAAGCUUAAUUGAGAGUUCUCAAAUAAGAUACUUUGUGUGCUUAGGAAAUAAGCACACUGAUUCUCUUUUUGCGAGCAAUAGUCCUUUGAUCCUAACUGGUGUUCUUCUUUCCUUUCUUUUUUUUUAAAAAAAAAUUAACCACACAUGAAACAGGCAGAUAUGCAGAUGAUUCUCCCUAUUGGAAAUAAUAUUUUCUGUGAGACGAUGUACCUUUAAGCCUUGGAGGUGCUAUCUUUCCAGUGACGUCGCCCCUCGUGCUAGGUGCGGUUGUCGGCAACGGUCACCAGAAUGACUCGUGUACUUCAUCGGGCCGGGUCGGCGCAAGCCGCUCGUGCUCGCAGCAAAGUCCCCAGAACCAGUCUUCGCAAGCACAAAAUAAUUAUGGAAACUGUCACUCAGGAAAAGAAGAAGCUUCGGAGUGUUAUUUCCUUCGAAGCAAAGGCGCCGCCUGGCUACACGUUUAUACCGGCCGGGAAUCCCAAAUUUACUACUGCAUGCAAGGAAAUAUGUCGAAAAGAUGGCCUCAAAGUGUAUACUGUUUCGACCACACCUCAUCAAGGCAUGCACAAUCUUUCCCAACAAGUUCAUAGGAUCGGCUAUCACUUUCCGAGUGUUGUAGUGGCCACGGUAUGCAUGGACCGAGGUGUCUUCCUGUCAUCGACCGGGAAAGUUAUGCCCUAUCGGCACUUACCUAGUCACGGACAUGUUAGAGAGUUGAUGCGCGAACGAAGAGCAGAUUCGGAGAUAUCGCAAACGACAAUCAAUGCCGAGGCCCGCGAUGCGAUCAAGGACUUAUUUCCUAAUAUUCCAGAUAAAGACUUGAAUCAGAUCAUCAAAACCGCGUUCCGAAAGGGUAAACGGAAAGUUGGGACUGCUGUUGAACUCCCCCUAGCACGUCGCGUCCAGUUAGCCGUGGUCGCGCAUAUACGUCAUGUGUACACCGAUUAUGAUCGUCUACUCAGAUUAAUGUCUUUUCAAGAAGCUCGAGCUGCAGUUGAAGAACCCUGCCUUGCGAAGCUUGUACAAUGGAGAGGUGAUGAUGAGAGCGGUGAAACCGUUCUUGAAGACGUAUUUCGCGAAGUUAUUGUUAUCUCCGAUGAUGAGGAUGAUGAUGUCAGUGAAGACAAUGAGCAGACACAAGCAGAACGGGAUUCAAGUGUCGAAUUUGUGUGCAGCAAUACUGUGGUCAAAGAACUUCAGACUUGGCCAUUACAAUACGGUAAUUCGUGCACUGUGGAUAGGAGCAAUGUCCCUGAGCCUUCUGAAGAUGAAGCGCCUCCAGGUGUUCGCUUUAUUCCAGACCCUCCAAGGAAACGGAAAACAGGGGAUAAGAAAAAGAUUGAUCGUAGAGGCUUCAGCAGAUACCAAGCCUGGGAUCGAGCCAGAGAUCGUUAUAAGGAUAUGUUAAAUACGCGUCCUGGCCAUCAACCGGCCGGACAGUCGUCUGGACAUGAUUCCUUACCCAUGUCCACAGAGGCGCGGCUGCAUGAGAUGCAACCAACCCGACAGUUGCCCUAUACCGGAGAAUUACAACCCCGACCUUUACAUAUACUUCACCCUGUGGACGCACCUGUUUCAGUCGCCCAACGUUCGUACCGAGAUGUAGACGACGCCGCGUCACAACUAUAUAUGAGACGACCCGAACCUCCCAAGAUAAUCCGUUUGUCCGACGGCUCCAUAUUUGAAAGAGCCGAUAAAAUUACGAGACCAGGUUAUGAUAUGCGACCGGGUUUCAUUCCUCCUUCAUCGCUUCAUCCCCGCGGGUAUAUACCAUCUGAACAGGUGAAGUAUAACCCAACUAGUAGUAAUCCUUACGCUCCCAUGCAGGAGACGAUCCAUAGUGAUAGUGAAUUCCGUGGACGCACCACAGCCAUAGGCCAUUAUCCAGAUGAACAUGGUCGCGAAUAUGGGCCUGACCCGGGACUACUUAUGUCGCGGAAGCGGGACUCCAAUGGCUUGUUAAUCAAUGAAGCUUACCGUGAACAGCCUCCACUUGAGGAUUUGUCUGGUAGAAUGAACAUCAUUGAAAUUGAUGAUGGCAGGUAUCACUUCCCCCCCAAAAGGAGCAAGAUCGUGGUUCACAACUCCAUUGAGAGUUCGCAUCCUGAGGGCCACAGAGAAACUUCGGAACUCCUAUAUCCAGCCGGAGACAUGGACACUCAUCGAGAGAAAAGCCUUUAUGAUUCGAAAAGUGCAGCGCAGGGUAUUCUGAUUAACAAAACACACAUUUCUAGCAGCGGAUAUUCUGAUCCACCAUUCAAUCAUAGAGAGCGCCUUGGAGCACAGACGGAUCGAAGGUCGACUGGGGAACCACACUUAACGGACAUUCCCACUAGAAAGGAUCCGCUUACCAGCGAUUUCGUUGACCGUGGACAUCCCCAUAAGGGCCAAGGCCUGAGACAUCUUCCUCUUGUUAAUCAUUCUAUUCAUGCUGCUACGAACAAACCGUCUGUUGUCAAAGCAGACAGCUCUUUAUACGGGGUCAGGGAUGACACAGAUAAUGUCAAACCUAACCAGUUUUCGCAGCUCUCGCGCCCUCGACAUGUGCUUCUUGGACCAGAGCCCCGCGAAGGUCGGGAGGUCCAGUUAAAAAGGUCUGGCCACGCCAAUUCUGUUGCGAUGCAGGUGGAUUCACCAAAACGGAGAUCCUUUUUAUCUAAUCAAGAUACACGCUCUUCGCGUAUCUAUUCCCACGACUUUGUUCGUCCUGUAGCUUCGCCGGGAAACAAGGAGCCCUUGAGAUACCAACCACAUUCCAGACUACAUGAUGACACAGCAGGUCAAAUGGGUCGUCAUCCACCAAAAUAUUUGCAGCAAUCUGAUCUUUGUGAAUAUACCUCAGAUCGUAUGAUUGCAUAUGAAGCCCCCUUAAACCGCUCCCUAUCGCCUCCAAUUCACCACUUUAGUUCCCGGAUUGCCAACCAUCGUCCUGCUCAUGCACCUCGGCUCUUGCAACAGUUUCCGGUUUCCACCCAGCAAGAAACUUAUGAUGGUCGUAUAGUAGAAGAUUCUUACCGUGGUAUCCUGCCAGAACAAAAACGAUAUUUCCAACAAGAGCUGGAAACCCGUCCACCAAAUUACCGCGAGCCAAGUGUUCGAAGGGAAGCUGUUGAAGACAAGCGUCCUCACACCAGACACGUUGUACUGCGAGACCCUGUGCUUAUUCGGGGGAACUGAAAAUAGCCAUCAGCGGCGCUGAUCCCGAUACAGCCAUGUGAUAUUUCUUUAUUCUUUUUUGUUAAUAAGAUUUCGCAAAGGCAGACGAGGGCGGCGAAAGGUCAUUUUGUAUAGGGUCCUUGACCGUCUGGAAGUCUGGUUGAAAUGUAUUUGCUGUACAUACUAUUGACAGACGACUUAUGUCUGUGAAUUUCUGGAUACCCCCAAUACUACAGCUAGUUACACAUUUCG